AAGCUGUCACGCUAGUCUUAAUACUCCUGAUGUGAAGAGAGACCAUAAGAUCGAACGGUAACAUCUCAUAUUAUUUCAUAACUAUUUAUAUUUUAUAAAGAAGAAAAGAGACGUGAUUCAAGCAUUCGAUUUAAAAAUUUCCAAAUAACGGUGCGCAAUGGAGAUGCCUGAGAAAUACGUCAAAGCAAAUGCCAUGCCACGUCGCGAUGUCCUGGACAUUAUCGAGGAAUUUAGUCCUGAACUAUCGCAGAUACAAGAUAAAUGUAUCGAUAUAGGAUCCGGUUCUGGUGACAUUACCAAGGAUUUGUUAUUGCCUUUAUUGCCGCAUGACGUCGAGGUAGUAGGCGCGGAUAUAUCACAAGCGAUGGUAAAUUACGCCCGUAAGAAUAACAGUAAGGAACGACUAUCAUACAUCGUCCUGGAUAUCGAAGGAAAAAUGCCAAAUGAGCAAAUCGGACAAUACGACUGUGUUACGUCCUUUUAUUGUCUGCAUUGGCCUUACGAUUUAAGUCAUGCUUUCGAAAAUAUAUUCAAAUUGUUACGACCGAAUGGAAAAGGGCUUGUAAUGUUCCUUGGCUAUCAUUGCUUAUUCGAGGCGUACAUGCGUAUUAGCCAGAAUCCAAGAUAUGAAUUUUAUCUUCAGGAUGCGCAUCGUUACGUACCGCAUUUCCAAAGAAAAAUGUGCAAAAAUAUGAGAGCCAGUUUGCGCGAAAUGUUGGAAGAUAUCGGCUUUGAAAUUCUGCAUUGUAGUAAGAGAGAAAACAGUUAUCAAUACAACAAUCAAAGUUUUAGAGAUUAUAUAAUAUCUGUUAAUCCAUUUAUAAAUCAAAUACCAGAUGACAUGAAAGAUGAAUUUAUGGACAAUCUGAUAAGCGAAAUAUUGAACCAAGAUGUUUCGACACCGUUUUCAAACAAAAAUGACGAAUUAAUAUUGAAAUAUUAUCUCCUAAUAGCAUAUGUAAAAAAACCGCAAUCGGCCACUUAAGUGCGAAAAAUAUACUUCUAUAUGAUACAGACGGUA